GGGAGGGAGAACCGCGUUGCACCGCCGCGCCCCUUCCCGGCGGAGGGAACGCCACGUCUCGGGCAGGAGCCGGGCGCCAGGCGGGCAGCCGCAGAAGAUGCAACUUCUUGAUGACUACAACUUUGGCUGCAAGCUGUUUUCGUGAUCUUCUGGAAACACUGGCUGCUUGCUGCACACCAGCAGCUGUAAAGCUCAGAACUGCGCUGCUGUUCAACAUCUCGAUGCUGCUGUUGCUGAUGGAGAGAAACAGGACUUGGUAGUUCGCCUGGCAGCAAAUUAUUCAGAAGAAAAGCCUCCAAAGGAUCAGAAUCAUUUUUUACCAUGGACUCCUUGUCUGUCCAGCAGGAUGUUCACUUGCAGAACAGAAGCAGUAAUGGGGCCUCUAGCAGCUCUGAAGAGCUCUUGGAUUGUAAAGCCAAGUCAGAUUUGCCUGUUACAAUGGAUGAAAUUAAUGCUACCAGUAUUAACAUCAAUGAAGUGCCAAAUGAAGAGGGAAGUCUGGAGAUAACCAGCAAAAUGGACACCUGCCAGAAUGGGCCAGAGUCACUCUUCCCCAACUCUCCUGUAUCGUUUGACCCCACCAGCAGUGCGCAGGGUCAAGAGUUGUCCCCAGGUGUGACUGGUUUCCAUGACAGCCUAAGGAAGUCUCAGGGAACUAGUGCUGAGGGCAUAGUUCUUAGAAAAGAAGCUUUGCAGUCUCUCAAACUAAGUCUUCCCAUGCAAGAAACUGAAUUGUGCUCAGCAGACUCUUCACUUCCAUUGGAGAAGGAAGAGAUAGUAAGACUUCAAGCAAGGCGACGGCUGGAAGAACAGCUCAAACAAUACAGAGUGAAGAGGCAUCAGGAAAGAUCAAAUCAGUCUGCAUCCAAGAACCGGCCCUCCAGCACCCUGGAUCCUGAGCUGAUGUUAAACCCAGAAAUCUUGCCUAGAGCCAGCACUGUAGCAAUGACAAAAGAGUACUCCUUUAUGCGGACCAGUGUCCCCAGGGGGCCAAAGCUGGGUAGCCUGGGACUUCCAGCAUCAUCAAAAGAGAGAAGAAGUUCAAAAUCUAAGCCCAGUAAGGUCCGGUCUUUGGCUGACUACAGAACUGAAGAUUCAGGCACUGGAAAUGCUGCUGGGAAUUUCGUGGCUACAGAUGCAUCUGGCGGGACUCUGAAGCAAAGUAGAAGUGGCCCAACAUCAGUUGUUUCUGAGAUCAGUCUGCCCUCUGACACGGAUGAUCGGAUAGAGAAUUCCUCCUUGGCAGGAGAUAGCGUUUCAGAGCUUGAUGGGAGUGAAGCAGGAAUGAGGCUGGAUGGAAAUGAGAGCGACAGCUCUACCUACAGCAGUGUCUCAGGAAAAGGGCUGUGUAACAGUUUGCAGAAUGCAGAAGGCAAACAGGGUGUUCCAUAUACAAUAAAUGGUCAGAAGAUACAUCCUGAUGCAAUGGGGCAGUUUCCUUCUAUCAGUGAGGUGCUGCAGGCUGCAGCAGUGGAGCAUCAGGCCCAGGAGCCAGAAGUUAAUGGGGAAGUGCAGAGUAGGAGAGACAGUAUUUCUAGCAGUGUUUCUAUGGAAAGCUCUAUCGCAGGAACUCAUGAUGAAAUGUUGCAGGUUCUGAAGGAGAAGAUGAGACUUGAAGGGCAACUAGAAGCACUCUCACUAGAAGCUAAUCAGGCUCUCAAAGAGAAGACUGAGCUACAAGCACAACUUGCAGCUUUGAACAUGAGGCUUCAGGCACAGAUGGAACACAGCCAAAGUAGCCAGCAAAAGCAGGAAUCUCUGAGCUCGGAAGUAGCGACGUUAAAGCAGUCUUGCUGGGAUCUGGAGCGAGCAAUGGCUGACCUGCAAAACACCUUAGAAGCAAAGAAUGCUAGUUUGGCUUCUUCAAAUAAUGAUUUGCAGUUAGCAGAGGAGCAGUACCAAAGACUCCUACUGAAGGUUGAAGAUAUGCAAAAAAAUGUCCUCACCAGAGACACCACAGUUCAUGACCUGCGGCAGCAGCUGGCUGCCUUGCAGAGCCAGCUGCAGAAGGUGCAGUUGGAGCGGACCACACUGACCAACAAGCUGAAGGCCUCAGAAACAGAAAUCACGUCGCUCCAAAACGUGCGGCAGUGGUACCAGCAGCAGCUUGUGCUAGCACAGGAGGCCCGCGUCAGGCUGCAGAGUGAGAUGGCCAACAUACAGGCUGGGCAAAUGACUCAAGCAGGAAUGUUGGAACAUUUGAAACUAGAGAAUGUGACACUGUCUCAGCAGCUGACUGAAACACAGCACAGAUCCAUUAAAGAAAAGGAACGUAUUGCAGCACAGCUGCAAAAUAUUGAGGCUGACAUGUUAGAUCAAGAAGCUGCCUUCAUGCAGAUCCAGGAGGCUAAAACCAUGGUGGAAGAAGACUUGCAGAGAAAGCUUGAGGAGUUUGAGGAUGAGAGAGAACAGCUUCAGAAAAUGGCUGAUUCUGCAGCAACACUGGAACAAGAACUGAAUCAGGUGAAGCUGACUUUGCAACAGCGAGAUCAGCAACUUGAGUCUUUACAGCAAGAACACCUAGAACUCAUGAAGCAAUUCACUCUGACCCAAGAGACACUGCACACCAAAGAGCAGUCCCUGGAUGACCUGCAAACACAGUAUGAUGAGCUGAAGGCCAGAUUAGAAGAGUUCCAAAGUGAUGCUACUUCUAAAGAUGACAUGAUCCAGUAUUUGCAGAAUGAAAAGAUUAUCUUGGAAGUAGCUCUGCAGGCAGCAAAAGCAAGCAAAGAGCAACUUGAUGAAGGAGCAGCACGCCUUGGAGAAGAUGCUGAAGUAGCAUCAGAAAUCUUGGAACAACUGAGGCAAGAAAUGGCAGUCAAGUCAAGCCAGGUGGAAAAUCUGCAACAAGAAAAUGCCAGCCUUAAAAAACAGGUUCAAAAAGUGAAGGAGCAGUUCCUACAGCAGAAGGUAAUGGUGGAAGCUUAUCGCAGAGAUGCAAGUUCUAAGGACCAGCUGAUUAGUGAACUGAAAGCUACAAAGAAACGUCUGGACUCAGAAGUGAAAGACUUAAAACGAGAGCUACUGAAAAUUCAGGUUGAAAAACAGUCGCUGGAAUCUGAACAUUCCAAACUACAGAAGGAGGUGUCUCAGGUUCACCAGCAGAUGGUGGAAGUAGAAAAUCAGCUUCAGUCAGUGCAGAGAGAACGAGACGAUAUGGAAACACGCUUACAGUCCUUGCAGUUCGAUAAGGAGCAAAUGGCGUCUCUGGCUGAGGCAAAUCAGGCAUUAAAACAGCAAGUAGAACAGAUGCAAGAAGAAGCAAAAAAAGCCAUUACUGAGCAGAAACAGAAAAUGAAGCGUCUAGGGUCAGAUCUGACAAGUGCUCAGAAAGAGAUGAAAGCAAAGCACAAAGCCUAUGAGAACGCCGUCGGCAUUCUCAGUCGGCGGCUACAGGAAUCCCUGGCUGCAAAGGAGUCUGCUGAAGCUGAGUUGAGCAAACUGAAAGCACAAAUCACUGAUGGUGGAAACAACCAGAUUGCUCAAGAAAGGAUUCAAGCUCUGGAGACAGAAUUGCAAGCUGUUAGCAGCAGUAAGUUGACACUGGAAAAAGAGCUGCAGGAAGUGAUUUCACUUACCAGCCAGGAGCUUGAAGAAUACAGAGAGAAAGUGCUGGAACUUGAGGAUGAGCUUCAGGAAUCUAGAGGCUUCAGGAAGAAGAUCAAACGUUUAGAAGAAAUUAAUAAGAAGUUGGCCCUUGAACUGGAGCACGAACGUGGGAAACUUACAGGUCUCAGUCAGUCCAAUGCUGCUUUGCGGGAGCACAAUAAUAUCCUCGAAACAGCAUUAGCAAAAAGAGAGGCAGAUUUGGUGCAACUGAAUCUACAGGUUCAGGCAGUCCUAAAGCGGAAGGAGGAAGAAGAUCAGCAAAUGCAGCAAUUGAUUCAAGCUUUACAGGCUUCCUUAGAGAAAGAAAAGGCAAAAGUUAAAGACCUUAAGAAGCAGGAGGCAGCAGCCAAAGCGGACGCAGCACAUAACCGUCGUCAUUACAGAGCUGCUAUGCUUGAGCUCAGUGAAAUCAAGAAAGACCUACAUGCCAAAGAACUGCUUGUCCAAGCCCUUCAGAGUGAAGUGGAUAAACUGCAUACAGAGGAUGAAAAACAUUCCCAGGAAGUAUCACAGUUUCAACAAGAGCUGGCAGAAGCCAGGUCUCAGCUCCAACUUCUGCAGAAAAAGCUGGAUGAUAAGCUUAGUGAACAGCCUGUAGUAAACCAGGAGGUGGAAGACCUCAAAUGGGAAGUAGAACAAAAAGAAAGAGAAAUUGAAAGCCUGAAGCAGCAGUUGGAUAUGAGUGAACAGCGCAGCCACAAGGAGUUGGAAGGGAUACAAGUUGUCUUGCAGAACAUCAAGGCUGAGUUGGAAAUGGUGAGGGAAGACCUGUCAGUGACACAGAAGGAUAAGUUUAUGCUGCAGGCUAAAGUGACUGAACUGAAGAACAGCAUGAAGUCGUUGCUGCAGCAGAACCAGCAGCUGAAGUUGGACCUGAAGCACGGCAAGAUGAAGAAGAGGAAGGAACUGAAAGGAGAGAAUAACUCCUCAAAUCCUGUGACUCCAGUCAAGAUUCCUGAUUGUCCAGUGCCUGCUGCCUUGCUGGAAGAACUGCUGAAACCAACAGCUGUGAGCAAGGAGCCUUUAAAAAAUCUGAACAGCUGUCUCCGGCAAUUGAAGCAAGAAAUGGACAGCCUUCAGCGUCAGAUGGAGGAACACACCAUUACAGUACAUGAAUCAAUGUCUUCGUGGACUCAGAUUGAGGGGCAGUUAAUGGACCUUACCUCUACCAGUACUGCAACUGCAUCAGACCAGCAGGAGAUCCCUACUGUAGAUGAAAAGAAACAGAAUUGUAGCAUUAGUGACAAGGAAGCUUUGACACUAUAACCUCCUUAUCAGUUGUCUUUCUUCCUAUGGCUUUAAGUAUGUAAACAAAUCUUUAUCAAAUUUAUUUAUUUAUUUCCUUUUUCAAAAGCUGAUGUUCAGAGUUGUGCUUUUGUCUGUAGGAGCCCAGGGCAUGGUUUUGAGAAACUGGUGUAACAGUGAGUGCAGAAAAUUCUCUUCUAAGCGUUUGUUUGAAACCUUACCAUAAUAAUUCUGUCAUGUUGGGGACGUAAUUGGGGUUUAGUAAGAGAUUCAGAUGAAGGUUUAAAAUGAGGUCAAGAGGAGCACCUGGUUCCAGGUCUGUAUUUAUUCAGUCUGGGUGAGUUUGUUAAGGAAUGACUGUUAAAUAUUUAACAUCUGGGUUUUGGUGGAGGUUUUUUUAACGUUGGGAGGGGGUGGUGUUUUGUCGUUUUCUCCUAUCUUGAGUUGUAUCCAAUUCACAGGGCAAAAUAAGUUCUGUUCAUGUUCAGUCAUUAGCAGUGGUGAAGACCUGGAUAUUCUGAGUAUCUUCUCUGCUCCAUCCUGUGAUCUCUUCUUCUUGAAAUUCAAGUUACAUGUAUCUGUAUGUAAGGAAAUGGCUUCAAAUGAUUUUUGGCUUCACAUGAUUAUUUCUUCCCCCCGCCCUAGUUACAGAGAUAAUCCCUGCCCUACAGUAAAAGAAGCAAGACUAUAAAGCCAUGCACACCAGUGUGUAUCUUUGGCAGAUUUGCCUGAGUUAUUUUUUGAAGUAUCAGUUAUUCUUUUACAGUUGCAGGCCAGUAGCGAGCUUUGCUUCACUGCACAGACACUUAUUGCACCUUUUUAGUUCAACUUUUGAAGUAGACACCCUUGAAAAAAAGGUAUGUGUGUAAUAUAUAUAUAUAUAUAAGAAAAAAGAAUAAUUUUCUGACUUUGAAUAUCUGUUUUAAGAUGCUUAUAAACUGUAAGCUAAGGCUGACAUGAGGGUUUUUUGUUACUGUCAUUUGUUUUAAUGUUACAUUUAAGUUUGCUGGGUUUUGACAUACUGUACAAAUGGCUUAGGGGAGUUAGCCCCUAAAGCCACAGCUUUUAGAAAUGUAAUUAUUUUUACUUUAAAAGACAAAAUUAUGAUGCCUCUAAAAUUAUUAUUAUUUUUUUUAUUAGCUUUCCAUUCUCCCACACACUUCCUCUACUUUUUCACCCUCUUGUCCACCAUGAAUGGAAAUAUUGUACCGUGGCAGCCUCUCUGCAGAGCACCUUGCCUAGAUUAUGAUUAAAGCAGCCCAGUUUAGAUUCCUUCCCUUUUGGUCCUGUAGUUCUAUGUGGCUCAUAGCCCACCCUCUCCUCAUUUGGAAUUGGGAGUGUGGAGGUACUGCUUUGCCUAAUGUGCUAACUGCUAAAGCACAAACCAAAAGAUAUGUGACAAAUAUUGUAUGUUUUAGUCUUUAAAAGAUAAAACAGGUCAGUUAUAUUCAUUAUAGUUUUGCAUAAAAAAGGAAAUAAUUAAAAAUUCUAGUAAGUACAAGUAGAUUAAGUGGCUGGCAAAAA